UAUCGUCAGCAGUGCAGCAGCAGCAUGAAGCGCGUGUUCUCCCCCCCCCUGCACGCGCAGAGGCACGAGUUCGUCAUUAAGUUCGUGGAAGCGUCCAGACCGCGAUCGGUGCUGGAUUUAGGAUGUUCUGAAUGUUCCCUGCUGAAAAAACUCCGCUUCCAUCGGCACAGUGUGGAGUUACUUACAGGAGUGGACAGGGACAGCGCCACCAUCCGACAAAACAUGUACACACUGGCUCCCCUCAUGACUGAAUACUUGCAGCCAAAUUCCAGGCCACUUACAAUCGCGCUUUAUCAAGGCUCCAUCACAGAAGCAGAACCGUGCACCAAGGGCUAUGAUCUGAUCACCUGCAUUGAAGUCAUGGAGCAUCUUCACCUUUGGGAAGUGGAGAGGUUUUCAGAGAUUUUGUUUAAAUACAUGGAACCACGUUCUGUAAUAAUAAGCAUGCCGAAUGCAGAAUUCAAUCCUUUGUUACCAGGACUAACCGGCUUCAGACACAAAGACCACAAGUUUGAGUGGACCAGAGCGCAGUUUCAAUGUUGGGCUGAAAAAGUUUGCAAGAAAUAUGGUUACACAGUGGAGUUCACCGGGGUAGGAGAAGCUCCUGGGGAGUUCACGGAUGUUGGAUUCUGCUCUCAGAUUGGAGUUUUCCACAGAGUUAUUGAUUUAAAUGCACAAAUGAACAACUUUGAGCAGGAGCCUACAGUAUAUCAGUUGCUGUACAAAGUGGUUUACCCAAGCCUCUGCGACAACAAUAUCUUCCAGAGAACUCUGGUGAAUGAAGUCCUGUACAGAGCAGAGCAGCUGAAGAAAGACUGGCUGGAAGCUGAGCAGUGUGACUUCAACUCCGGUGGGGAGGCAAGGGAUGAAGAGGAGGUACACAGGCGGGGACGUUGGGUGUGUGUGCCACUUCUGCGUGUAUGGGCCGGUUCCACGGUGCGGUCUCUGUGCAGGAACAUUCAGCAGCUAAGAGAUACGUUAAUGGAGGACUUGCAAGUGCAGCUAGAUGCUGACAGAGACACUAUAAUGCUGCCUGAUGAUGAUGAUGAUGGGGAGGAGAAAGAGGAGAAAAUGGAUGAGAAUGGAAAGGCAGUCUGUGUCUUUAGGUCUGUGAGUGAUGAUCUAGAGGAAGAAUGGGAAAGUGAACUUUAAUCAAUAAUUUCUUUCUUUAUAGAGAUUAGUAACAGUGGAACUUGCACUCAUCCUGUCAGGUUCAGUUCCACACAGGACAGGCCAAGCUGUUACU